CAACAUUUGGAAAGGAGAACGGAGGGGAGAAAAGCAGGACUUACUAGAAGCUGAAGAAUUACGUUAUUUCCUGCCUCAGGCCUUUUACGCCUUAGCCGAUGGAUCUUCAAAAGACCUCAAGCAGUCGAGCGGGCUGCCGGAUUGGGAUUGGUUACAAACGAUGAAUCUCUAUUCGACAGACGAUGGACUAGCAAAUGAACCAAUCGAGCUGAUUCAUACAGCCUCUGUUGAAGAGUUGUCAGCUCACGACUUUUUAAGGGUUUCCAAAUUGCAUUCGGCACUACCAUUCUUGACUCGUUUUGCAAUAGGAAAGAAGUCCAGGAUGUUGUGAGUAAUGCAAUAGCGCAACCACUAAACUUGACGACGGGUGGAGACACGAGCUACCGUUUCUCUGUCGCCUUACACAAAUGGCCAGUUUUCCCUGAUCGAGAACGAAUGAUGCAUACCCAAAGUCGCGCACUCAUGGACUUCUUACUGGACACAGGCUUGAAGUUUCCCACGAGGCAUGAUGCGAUUCUGCACGUUUUCAAUAUAGACCUCCAAAUGGCGGCUGUUGCGUCACAGCAUCACGCUUUUUAUCAACAACAACAAGCCAUUUAUCAACAACAACAAGCCAUUUAUCAACAACAACAAGCGAUUUAUCAACAACAACAAGCUCUGUAUCAAGGUUUAAGCGCUUUCAACCGACUGCAAGCUGAUGUUGCGCGAGCUGCUGCGCAUGAAGCCGAACAAGUACUUGGGCAGAUGAUGCAAGUAGAUGAUCAUCAUGUGGUAGAUCAUCAUGUGGUAGAAGAACAACUAGACGUAGACGACAGUUGCAUUUCUGCUCCCUCUCGUGGUUUUUUGCAAGGACGCCAUGAACAAGAGCUGCAGGAGGAGGCUUGUCCUCCACUUCGCAGGACUUCGAGUUCGCCAGCCUUCUGCGACUAUACAGGUGAGAGCCUCACGGUGGAGCGACAAGUCGAGUUGGAGGAAAAAGAAAGGAGGAGAGCGUUAGCAAAGGAACGAAGAGAACUUAGACAACUUCGAUUCGCGGAAAUGCGGGAAAAGGAAUCCUUAAGAACUUCUUCACCCUUAUCCAUCUGCAUCAUCCAUCAUCUUAUUAAGCAUCAAUAGUACUACUUUAGUAGUAAGUAGUAGUAGAGUAGUUAGUAACAGCAUCGACUUAAUCUUGGAACUGUUGCUGAUGUCCCACAGCACAAUAGCAAUAGGGUGGAAAGAACAGUCCACCCUUUGCUCCCAAGAUGAUGGAGGAAAAGGAAAUUGGGGUCCUCGUAAGCUCUAAAAAUGAAAAGAAAAAUGAUACAACAAC